AAGGAGCUAGGAUCACGAGUGGGUGUAGUUCAGUACAGCCAUGAUGGCACCCAGGAGCUGGUAUCUAUGGAGGACCCCAAGAUCACCACAGUAGCACAGCUCAAAAGGUUAAAAACAUAACCAGAUAAUAGUCAAAAGUCCAAAGUAUAGCAGUUACCUGAUAUCAGUUGACUGACUAACUGUUGUGUUUGAUGCCCCCUACUUGCAGUGCGGUGAUAAACAUGCGCUGGAUUCCGGGUGGUACAUACACGGGAGAGGCGCUGGAUUUUGCCCGGCAGGCAUUUGGCAGCUCCCAGCUGGACCGAAAGGUGGCCAUAGUCUUGACGGACGGACGGUCGGACACCCGCCGGGACGCCAAACCGCUGUCCUCCCUCUGCUCUGUGCCAAAUAUAAUGGUCAGGGAUGGCAAUGGGACUGGGCAAUGGGAUGGGGAGAGUGGGCAUUGGGCUGAAGGACAUGUUUAGGUUGGGGGUGAAGAGAUGAAUGCAGGACUAAGGGUCCAUUUCAUUAGACAUAAAGAUAACCAUCUCUCGCUCCUCCAAGUCAGCCAUUUUGUGUCAAAGCCUCAGUAUGUCCUCCAUCUUGGCUCCUCAGGUGGUGGGCAUUGGCAUUGGAGACAUCUUCAGACGGGCGUCCUACGCCACCAUGCUGGAGGAGAUCACCUGUCUGGGCACAGCCUCACCUGGACUCUACCUGAAGAUUACAGAACAUGCGCAGCUGCUGGAGGACUCCUUCUUCAACAACGUUACUGGCUAUAUCUGCCAAGGUAGACUAUGUACAGGCUAGCCCUAAUUUAUAAUAUCAAGAGCUAGCUACAUGCUAUGUUCCUUUGCUCUCAACUAAAGUCUGUGUUGUGUUUACAGAUAAGAAAUGUCUUGAUUACAGCUGUCCAGGUAAGACUGCUCCUCUCCCUUGUUUUUAUGGUCACAGUUUCCUAUGCCUUACAAUACGUUAUUUAUUUAGUACUGCAAUUGAAAGAUUUAAUGGAAUGUAUGUACAUUUAUCUGAACCCCAAUUGUUGCCCUAAAAUGGUCCACUCUUCCUCCAGCCAACUUCCAGGAGGCUACAGACAUAGUCUUCAUGUUGGACGGCUCCUCCAGUGUGGGCCAGGCCAACUUCUACAGAGCCAGAGAGUUUGUUGAGAGCAUGGCCACCAAGCUGUUGUCUUCGGACCGGGGAGGGCUGCUCCGCCUGUCUGUCAUGCAGUACAGCGAUGGGCAGCAGCAGAGAGUGGAGGUGCCCUUCACUGCCAGGGUUGAAGAUGUCCAAACGGGGCUAGCGGCUACGCGCUACAUGGACGGGGCCACCGACUUACCGGCUGCCCUGGCAUUCCUGUCCUCCACCCUCCAGAGGGAGGGCCGCUCCGUUGUUGCCAGGAAAGUGGUGGUGUUCACAGACGGCAGGUCUGUGGCCUCUGCCCGGGCUGCUAUCCCCAGAGCCGCCGCCGCCGCCCUGGCAGAGAACACACAGCUGCUGGCCGUCACUGUGGGCGAGGGCUUUGAUGAGGAGGGCGUGUGCCAGCUGGUGACGGGACAGGCGAACAUGUUUGAUUACCGCGUUGUGGAUAGUCGUGUCCACCGAGUGGCGCUGUACAGUGACCUGGCCAGACGGGUUGUCAUGCAGAGUCUGUCUAGAAAGCUCUCUAAAGCUCUCUGA